AUGACGGCUAUUGUUAAAGUUCAGCCAGCGAUAAUCACAUUACCCGAAGCGGAGGUGCCAAGUGUUAGUAAUCCGUCGCAGCAUUUCCGUACAGCCGUUGUUCUGCAAAAGAUGACACGAUUGGACUGGGAGAAACAGAAGCAUCCGCAUAAAUCUGCAGCACAGCUUAUAGACUACCUUCGACGUAAAGGACAUGAAGUUGAUAGUAUGAUUGAGAACGAUCAAAAGCAGAAGGCCGCUGUCGCGGAAAUUCUGUCAAGGCUGCGGGAUGCGAACAUCACGACGCAACUCGUGGAUCGGCAGUCGCUGGGCGAGGCGAUUCCGUGGGCGGAUUUGGUGGUGUCGGCAGGCGGUGACGGCACGUUCCUUACUGCAGCCGCCGCUGUGGCUGAUCAUACUCCUGUCGUCGGCAUCAACACCGAUCCUGUCGGAUCUGAAGGAUAUCUUUGUGUUGGUGGAAAGAAUCCUCCACACGAUCUAUUCCAGCGACUUGUCGAAGGAAAAUUCCAGUUGGUUUUUUCUUCAACUCAAGCAUGGUCUUUACAAAAUCUUCCCAUUAUAUACAGUUGUAUUAAUUUUCAUAACGAUUUCACGUUGUUACUAGCAGCGGUUUCUACAUACUCGAUUUCGAUCGAUGAUCAACCUAUGGUUAAGCAGAAGAGCAGUGGUCUCAUCGUAUCGACGGGUACUGGGAGUACGAGUUGGUACUACGGUAUGAAUCGGGUAGAAGAACAGAGCGUUGAGGCAAUUCUGGAAGCUAUGCAGAGUCUUGGCGUUGAGGUGAAGGCAAAUAUGCGCAAAUUAGCUGGCGAGAUUGCGAAAAAGAUGAACGACAAGAUCGUCUUCGAACCUAGUCAUCCAAAUUUCGCGUACUCAAUUCGCGAGCCGAUUUUUAACGGGACCUAUAAGCGAACAAAAGUACGUGGCUUCGCUCGACGCAUUCGACUGAAAUCUAAGUGCUCUAAAGGAUUUCUGGUGUUGGACGGUGCGACGAAGAUCCCGUUCAACAACGGCACCGAAGUUUUGCUGGAGAUCUUCGACGCGGACGCUCUACGAACUAUCACGUUGUAG